GCGAACAAAUGAACAGAAAACUGUUCUGGCUAAUUUUAUUUUCGAAAACAAAAAGAAAAUGAUCGAUUUUCUUUCUCCAUCGUGCAGUAAUAAAUAUCGAAAAGAAAAAUGGGAAGAAGUUAAAACCCUUGUUGUAGCUCAUGGUCUUUCUUCUGAUGUCACUGCUGAGCAUAUUCGUACAACUGAAUGGCAAAAGCUGAGAAGAUCAACCAUGAAAAAGUUUAAGAGGCUAAAAAAAUCGGGUGCUGAAGGUGGCCAGCUAUCAGACUAUGAAGGCGCUAUAUUGGAUACCAUUAGAAGAGAAUCGCCAUAUAUUUUCCCAGUCAACGUUAAUGACAUGAGAGUUGGAAAGAAGGUUUUGAUCAACAAACUCACCAGCGACUUCAUCCCAAACGAAGAAAUAGCUUCAAAUUACUUUGUAGACAUCCCUGUGGACUCAGAAAUCUUAAUUGAGCAAGACUCUAAUAUAUCAAACGCUGGCCUGCCAGUUCAUCCAUCACCUAGCGUAAAGUCCAUCGCUAAAAUGCCUUUUGAAACAGUUCCACUAGCUUUAGCUGCAAGAUCAAUUGCAAAUAAUAAAUCGGUUGUCUCAACAAGCUCUGUUAAAAGUUCUGUUCCUACAAAAAAAAACGCAAUUGUGUACUAUCGUUUCAGAUAAUGAGUACCGCGCAUUGAAGAAGACUAAGAUUAAGCAGGUGGCAUGGCUCUAGGGUAUGUUU